CUACAGUUGCUAAAGUGAUUGACAAAUUUGAGGAUGAAACUGCAGAUGACAUUCUCCCCGUUGGUAACAUACGGAAAAAGGCUUCAGCCUCUCUCCUGGAAGCUGAUAAAAGGUACAGUGGGAAAACUACAUCUCGCAAAGCCCUGCAAGAAGAGCUCUGGGGAGAUGCUCUGUCUGAAGAAGGAUCUGCUGAAGAAGAAUUAGAUGAAUGGUACAGUGGCAGUGAAGAUGCAGAAGAGAGUGGCAGCUUAGGCACUAAAACAAAGGAGGAGCCCAGCAGUGCUGGCAGUGACCAGGAGGAUGACUUGGAAGACGAUGAAGGGACAGAUCCAUCUGCCGAGGCCAAGACAUCGAAGUUCAGUUUCCAGAAUAUUACAGACUUUGAGAAAUUUACAGAGGGGAUGGAUGAUGUAGGAAGCAGUGAGGGAGAAGAUGAAGAUGAUGCCAGCAUGGAAGAAGGAAGUGAUGAGGAGGGAUAUGGGAGUGAAAACCACGAAAAUAUAAAAGAAACCAAAGACAGUGAAGAUAAUGGGGGGGUGAUGACAUUCUCAAAACGACAAGAAGCUGAAGAAGUAGAAAAAGGAAAAGCUGUGAAGAACCAGCUAGCGCUGUGGGAUCAGCUAUUGGAAGGGAGAAUCAAGAUGCAGAAGGCACUCCUGACAGCGAACCGGCUUCCGCAGCCAGAUACUUACCCAAUCUUCAAAAAGGAAGGCGGACAAGAAUUUGACAAUGCUGUCGAGAACUGUUUUAAAGCCCUGGAGGCACUGCUGGAAGUAUUAGUGGACCUUCAGGAUGAGCUGCUUUAUCAGUACCCGGGCACGAGGCAUCUGGUGGAUGGAAAGCAAUCAAAAACUGAGAGUGAUGAUGAAAUCCCUAGCAGUAGUGACGAAGAGCAAGUGGAUAAGUCUCAGGAGAAGAGGAGGAGCCUCCCCAAAAGAAAGCUGAAGAUGGAGGACUACCCAGAGUUCAUAGCCAAGCGGUAUGCUGACUUCAGGCCCUAUCGGAACAAUGUCUUGCAGAAGUGGCAUGAGAAGACAAAGCUGGCAUCUGGCAAAAUGGGAAAGGGUUUCGGUGCCUUUGAGCGUUCAAUCUUGACUCAGAUUGAUCAUAUUCUGAUGGACAAAGAGAGAUUACUACGGCGGACACAGACCAAGCGAUCAGUGUAUACAGUGCUGGGAAAGAAGGAGCAGGAAUCUCAUCCAGUCCCUGAAGCUUUGCCUGAAAAUUCGGAAGUCCUCCCUCAGUCAGAUUCCAACAGGCACCUGAAGGACAUAGAUGAGGAGAUAUUCGAUGAUGAUGACUUUUAUCACCAGCUCCUUCGAGAAUUUAUAGAACGUAAAACCACUUCAUUGGACCCCAAUGACCAGGUAGCAAUGGGCAGGCAAUGGCUGGCCAUCCAGAAGUUACGAAGCAAAAUAAAGAAGAAAGUGGACAGAAAAGCCAGUAAAGGAAGGAGAAUCCGGUAUCAUGUCCAUAGCAAGCUGGUGAGCUUCAUGGCACCUAUUGACCACUGUACAAUGAAUGAUGAUGCCAG